AUGGAAUAUGAUUCAGUUAAAGAAACGAAUGAACACCCCCCACAAAAACCCACACAGGUGACAGAACAAUCUAGAUCAGAAUCUAAGACAGAUAGAGGUUUUAAAAAUAAUUGGAGCUUUGAUCAUGGAGAAGAAAGUGAAGGAGAUACAGAUAAAGAUGAGGCAAAUCUACUCAGUGUAGAUGAAGAUGAGGAUUCUGAGACCUCAAAAGGAAAAAAGUUAAAUCGUCAGUCUGACAUUGUUCCUACUAGUUCUGGUGAUCCCUGGAAGACAUGUGCAAGACGAAACAAGACUGAGAGUUUGUCUUUGAAAGGCAACCCAACUGGACUUAACAUGUUGAGCAACAAUAAGAAAUUGAGUGAGAACAGACAAAGUGCGCCAUUAUGUUCUGCAACUGUGGUUCAUGGCAGACAUUUUCAUCAUGCUAAUGCUCACAUACCAAUAGUAAAAAUCGCAGCCCAAAGCUAUCUGGACCAAAAGGAAAGGAAUGAAUACCCACCUCAUGUCCAAAAAUUUGAAAAUAAUCCUGUAAGGUUAUGUCGGCCCCAAGGUGUGGAUCAUAUAGUGAAGAAAACAGAAGAAUCUGAAUCACUCUUGGAGUCCAAAAUUGAAAGAAAAGUAUCACAAAAACGUCACAGUACAACAUACCAGUCUACUUCACCUCCUCUGUCGACUGCUAAAAAAAAAUGUUUGACUGAUUUAGAGGAUUUGCAAAGAAAUUGCAGAGAAGCUAUAACUUUGAGUGAAUCUACUGGACCAUUACUAAGAACAUCAAUUCAUCAGAAUUCUGGAGGACAGAAGUCACAAAACACAGCAUUACCACCCAGGAAGUUUUAUGGCAACAGUGUGGGAAAGGUUCCAAUUAAUAUUAUUGUGAAUUGUGAUGAUAGUAGACAGAAUUAUUUGCACACAAAUGGGGAAGUCAUUUUACCUUGGGCAAAAGUAGCCAGAAUCACAUCCCUGAAAGAAAGGAAAACAAGCCUGUCGGACCUAAAUGAUCCAAUCCCAGCAGUUUAUCAGAAGCUGGGCAUGCAGCUGCGAGUGAACGCGGAGGAUCAGGUGUGGAGUGAUCUUAAAGGAGUGAAUAAGAUGGCAAAUUUGGAAGAACAGUACAUCAUUUUAAUUUUUCAAAAUGGCCUAGAUCCUCAGGCAAACAUGGUGUUUGAAAAUAUCAUUACUGAAAUUGGUAUAAAGAAUAAUGUGUCCAAUUUUUUUGCGAAAAUUCCCUUUGAAGAAGCCAAUAGCAGGCUUGUUGCCUGUACAAAGACGUAUGAAGAGAGCAUCAAAGGAAGUUGUGUACAAAAGGAAAACAAAAAAAAUGUGUCUCUUGAAUCUAAAAUACAACUUAAAAACAAACAGGAAUUCCAGCUUUUUGAUGAGGAAGAAGAAACCGGAGAGACUCACACCAUCUUCAUGGGCCCUGUAGAGAAAUUGAUAGUCUACCCUCCACCUCCAGCUAAGGGAGGUAUCUCUGUUACUAAUGAGGACCUGCACUGUCUAAGUGAAGGAGAAUUUUUAAAUGAUGUUAUUAUAGACUUUUAUUUGAAAUAUUUGGUGCUUGAAAAACUGAAGAAAGAAGAGGCUGACCAAAUACAUAUAUUCAGUUCUUUUUUCUAUAAACGCCUUAAUCAGAGAGAGAGGAGAAAUCUUCAUGAAACAACUAAUCUGUCAAUCCAGCAAAAGCGACAUGGGAGAGUCAAAACGUGGACCCGGCAUGUAGAUAUAUUUGAGAAGGAUUUUAUUUUUGUACCCAUUAAUGAAGAUGCACACUGGUUUUUGGCUGUUAUAUGUUUCCCUGGUUUGGAAAAACCAAAGUAUGAACCUAAUCCUCAUUACCAUGAAAAUACAGUCAUGCCAAAAUGUCCAACUGUAGAGGAUAGUUGUAUUUCUUCUCCUUCAGCCAGUGAAACGGACAGUUGUUCACAAAACUCUUCUGUCAAGCCUGUAAUUAAGAAGAUGCUAAACAGAAAGCAUUGCAUAGCUGUAAUUGAUUCAAGUGCUGAACAGGAAGAAAGUGACCCUCCUUAUCAGAGAAACAUGUGCAGUGUGAAAUGUAGUCUGAAAAAGAUAAAUCAUACUGCAAGUGAAAAUGAAGAAUCGAAUAAAGAAGAAUCUGCAUGCCAGAAAGUUGUUGAUAGGAGUAAAAGUGAGAAUGGUCUACAGAAUGAAUAUUUAAGUUCUAUGCACCAUACAGAUGGCUUGAGCAAAAUCAGACUGAACUACAGUGACGAGUCAGCCGAAGGCAGUAAAAUGCUUGACGAUGAGCUCAUCGACUUCUCAGAGGAUCAAGAUAACCAGGAUGACAGCAGCGAUGAUGGAUUCCUUGCUGACGACAACUGCAAUUCAGAAAUAGGACAGUGGCAUUUAAAGCCUACUAUCUGUAAACAACCUUGUAUUCUACUGAUGGACUCACUCAGAGGCCCUUCUCGGUCAAAUGUUGUAAAAAUUCUCAGAGAGUAUUUAGAGGUGGAGUGGGACGUUAAAAAGGGAAGCAAACGGAGCUUUUCCAAAGAUGCCAUGAAAGGCUCGAACCCGAAGGUCCCCCAGCAAGACAACUUCAGCGACUGCGGCGUGUACGUCCUGCAGUACGUGGAGAGCUUUUUUGAGAAUCCAAUUCUCAAUUUUGAACUACCUAUGAAUUUGGCAAACUGGUUUCCUCCCUCAAGAAUGAGAACAAAAAGAGAAGAAAUCAGAAACAUAAUUCUAAAGCUGCAGGAGGAUCAGAGCCGAGAGAAGCAGCAGCGUAAGGACCCGCACUCGGCAUCUCCGACUGACCCGCUUCCGGGGCUCGUCAGUUUCCUCCAGAAGCUGCGAACUCCAGCGUGGGCUGUAGAUAGUGAAGAACGGUAG